CCAACGGUAAUGACCCGCGUCUUUCGCCGAUUGUGAAUCCCGCCCCCAAAAAAAGACCCGUUCCGACAAAGUUGCCAGUCCGCUGGUGUCGUGCUUUGCUCAACCUUCAAAUCUAGCCGCCCCGAGGCCUAUUCUGUAUCUGUCCACGACAGUCUUUAGCAUACAAGGUCUCGGUCGCACAGGCGACAACCCGCCGGCAAGAUGGCGCGCAACUCAGAAAAGGCGCAGUCGAUGCUCUUCCGCUUCCGCGAGGCGCAGGCGGCGGACCUGGGCAUCAUCGACGCGGGGCGCACGCGGCGGCCGCGCGCCAUCACGGAGCAGGACUCGAUCCCGGCGUGCGAAAAGUGGCGCGGGCAGGUGCUCAAGGACAUAUCGCGCAAGGUGUCGCGCAUCCAGGAGUCGUCGCUGUCCGACUACCAGAUCCGCGACCUCAACGACGAGAUCAACAAGCUCAUGCGCGAGAAGCACAUGUGGGAGGUGCAGAUUCGGAACCUCGGCGGGCCCAACUACACGCGCGCCGGCGGCGCCAAGGUCUACGACGAGGCGGGCAAGGAGAUUGGCGGCGCCGGCAGGGGCUACAGGUACUUUGGGCGGGCCAAGGAGCUGCCGGGCGUCAAGGAGCUGUUCGAGGCCGCCAGGGCCAAGAAGGGCGACGAGAAGCCCCUCGAGGCCAGGGACGACUUGAGGAAACAGGUCGAUGCCGCGUACUACGGCUACAGCCCGGACGAGGAGGACGAUGAGCUGCUGGCGUAUGAGGCCGCCAAGGAGAAGGAGGCCUUUGAGAACCUCGCCGACAACAGGAAGGGAGAGCAGCUUCCUCCCGGUUGGGAGCCUCUGCCGGGCGAUAAUGGAGACGGGAAGGGUUGGGAAUUGCCAACGGUUGAGGAGGUGCAGCAGGAGCUAAUAAAUCGGAGGAAACAGAGGCUGCUUAAUCAGUUAUAGUUGGCUGAUGCCAUCUCGGAGCUGUGCCUGUGUAAUGUGGGGGGGGGGGGGGGCGUUUGGCGUCUAGGGGCUGC